AUCAGCUCGGCCAAUAAUACGCCAUUUUGGGGAGCUGGUGGAGCAUGUGACCCAGUAACCGGCCUUUCCGAGAUCGAACCCCCUCUUCCUAGACACGACCAUCAGAGCAUCGAUUGCUAUCCAUCAUGGGUGUUUCUGAGGGCAAAAUAAUCGCCGAGACCCUUUCCAGGGCCUGUGCUCAAGCUGAAUGUACUGGAAAUUGUGAAAUUGAGGUGAAUCUUUCAGGAAACACAGAUCUCAUGAGAUCACUACAAUCGAUUUGGUCUUGUCUUCCCAAAAGGGCCCAGAGAACGAUAACCCGGGCUCCGAAUAGACGAUAUGCUGGCAAAACUAAGACGAACAACAAAAUAAUCACAGAUUCAGAGUUGACACUUGAUCCUCAAGGGAAAAGGAUUGACACAUUAUGCCAGGAUCUUGGGAGCGAUGGUGUCAAUACGAAUGCACAUCUGGGCAAUCUAUUUCUUUUACCUGCGGAGGUUCACAAUGAAAAUAUCAGAUUACUCCCAUUAUCUGGCCCUAACCGAGAGGAAGAGCUUGAACGGUUGAGACAUCGAGGUAUAACGAACAUUAAAAAUAAGAAUCUUUGGGAUGAGUUUCCAAACAACCUCUUUAAGAUCUUGUGGAAGAAGAUAAAAGAUUCAUUAUCCCAAGAUUCAGAGAUAAUUCGAGUGCUUUCAGGUCUGUAAAUCCCUGUUUUUUCUCCCAGCCUUCUUUCGAAAGAUCAGCUGACAGAUACUAUAUAGACCGGACAUCGUAUAUCCAACCUUUUAAAGUAUCAAGGGGCUCACCACGUUCAAAUACUCAGCAAUCUACGAAUAGUUCCGCGUUAUCGACUCGUUACCUUGAGCAUAUUCAUACAUCAGAUCAUACUUCUCUGUCUAGAU